CUCUCCCCCUCUCUCUCUCUCUGUGUCACCGCCGCGGCCGCAGGACGAUAAGCUAACUAACUAGCUCUGCUUCGGGAGAAACUGUGAAUUAGCUCUGAGCUACAUGGGCUAAUACUGGAGAGCCUGUUAGCCCAGCGCCGCACAUUACUUCGUGUUUCUCGCCUGCCAUGUGACCGUCUGUCGGAUACCCUAACCCUGGAUAUCUCACUGGGAGCAUUUUGAGUUGUUUUGUGAGAGUUGGGAAGGUCGAGAUCUCGCCGGGAAUAACUUUGGCCUGAAAGUUUGUGGAGCCCGCAGCUGGUUUCACAGCCAGAGGAAACAUCUCCGCCACGAAGAGACAAGAAACAGGCGUCGACCCCGCGUUAUGAAAACAACGCCGGACACACAUUUGUAGUAGAUUUUGGCGACAGUCGGGUCUUUCUCCGCUCCUGCGUUAAGUUAGUCAGCGACCCCACAGGUUAGCACGCUAGCCCCCCUGAUUGAACCUCAGUAACUUUUCUUCCAGCUAGCCCGAGGAGCUAGCUCUCGGCUCUCCGUCGACGCUCGUCAAUACUGGGGACUGACUGUGUUCACACCGAGGCCCGAAGCUCAACGAGACGUUUCGCUGUUUCCUGUUUUGUGCUUGUUGACAAACAUGGGACGUGCGAUUGCUGCUAGCUAGUUCGUGGCUAGCUGGCUGACUCCGCUGAUGUGAGAUUCAACUUGUUGAUUCACGGGCUGUCUGUGUCUGUCUGUGCUGCUGCUAGCUGCUAGCACUGGACAUCUGUCGGAAAGUCCCCUCUGCCAUAAACUACACAGGUUUUAAAUGCACAGUAGACACUGAAGAAUCGUUGUUUCACUGUUGCUUUCCCCCCUUUUUUUUUUGGCAACUUCACGUCUUUCAAACAUGUCAACCAGGAUCCCACUGGUGCAAGUCAUUGAAAACUCGACCGGCCAGGAGUCAAAGUCAUCUGGCCGUUCCAGCAUGCCGCGAUGUCGGAACUCCGUCGCCACGACCACAUCAGAUGACCAGCCGCACAUUGGUAACUAUCGGUUGCUAAAAACCAUCGGCAAAGGCAACUUCGCCAAGGUCAAACUGGCGUGGCUGUAAAGAUCAUUGAUAAGACACAGCUCAACUCCUCCAGUUUGCAGAAGCUCUUCCGGGAGGUGAGGAUCAUGAAGAUGUUAAAUCACCCCAACAUAGGAGAAGUCUUUGAUUACUUGGUGGCCCAUGGCAGGAUGAAGGAGAAAGAAGCCCGUGCCAAAUUCAGACAGAUUGUGUCAGCGGUGCAGUAUUGCCAUCAGAAGUGUAUAGUACACAGAGACCUCAAGGCAGAGAACCUGCUGCUGGACGCAGACAUGAACAUCAAGAUAGCAGAUUUUGGCUUUAGUAAUGAGUUCACUCUGGGGAACAAGCUUGACACGUUCUGCGGCUCUCCACCCUACGCUGCCCCAGAGCUCUUCCAGGGCAAGAAGUACGACGGGCCCGAGGUGGACGUCUGGAGCCUGGGGGUGAUCCUCUACACGCUGGUCAGCGGCUCGCUGCCCUUCGAUGGACAGAACCUCAAGGAACUAAGAGAGCGCGUGCUGCGUGGUAAAUACAGGAUUCCUUUCUACAUGUCUACGGACUGUGAGAACUUGCUCAAAAAGUUUCUCAUCCUGAACCCCUCCAAAAGAGGCAGCCUCGAGCAGCAGAUAAUGAGGGACCGGUGGAUGAAUGUGGGCUACGAGGAGGAAGAACUCAAACCCUACAUCGAACCACAGCCAGAUUAUAAGGACCCCAGGAGGACAGACAUCAUGCUGCAGAUGGGAUUCUCUCAGGAGGAGAUCCAGGACUCGCUGGUGAACCAGAAGUACAAUGAUGUGAUGGCUGCCUAUCUGCUACUGGAUUAUAGGAACUCUGAGCUGGACGAAGGUUGCAUCAAGCCCCGGCCAGGAAGUGAUGUAAGCAACAUAAACGCCCCCUCCCCGCCUCACAAGGUACAGCGCAGUGUGUCAUCCAACCAGAAGCCUCAGAACCGCAGAGCCACCGACCAGGGCUCCUCCUACUCUAAGAGGGGAGGUCAAGCAGAUAACCGGACUGCAGCGGAGGAUUCUGGGAGGAAAGGUUCAUCAGGCAGCUCCACUACCAAGGUGCCGGCCAGCCCUCUGGUCUCCUCUGACCGCAAGAAGAGCGCCACGCCCUCCACCAAUAGCAUCCUGUCCACCGGUACUGGUCGCAGUCGGAACUCUCCUCUGACUGAGAGAGCCACGCUGGGCCAGGGCGUCCAGAACGGCAAGGACAGCCUAAACACUCCGGGCUCCCGCGCCUCCACUGCCUCGGCCGCUGCCGUCCUCUCCUCCUCCUCCUCCUCCUCCACCUCGCGUUCCCGCCACCACAAGUCCCUGUCCUCCUCCAAUCAUCCAUGCCCCUCUGACCUGCACGCACCACGGCCCAGCGCCCCACCUCAGCGGGCGCCCGGUGCCUCCCCAUCUGCCCACAACAUCAGCAGCGCUGCCGUGUCAGACCGUCCCAACUUCUCCCGAGGGGUGGGCAUCCGCAGCACAUUCCACGCAGGCCAGCAGCGGGGUGCCAGGGACCAGCAGGGCUCCGCCUACCCCGGCGGGCCCGCGUCCCCGUCUCUGUCACAUGGCAACAGCCAGGCCCGGAGGACACACGGUGCAACAGGGAUUUUCAGCAAGUUCACAUCCAAGUUUGUACGCAGUCCGUAUGAGGGAGAGGGUCGGGAUGAGGGGAGCAGGUCUAUGCUGAGCAGUACAGUGGACAAGUCCGAGAAGACGUCUGGUGGUGUUCUCUCCUCCUCUUCCAACAACGAUGAGAACAACUCCUCUCCAGGAUCUGGUAACACUG